UAUGUAAUUUGAUAAAGUUGAAAACAUUGUGUUUUUAAUUUAAAAUUUGCAACAAUAUUGCACGAAAUAUUUAAUAUAUUAACCCAAAGCGCUGCCAAACUUAUCUAGUUUGGUAACGAUCGAUAACCCCUUUAUAGUACUGUGACGGUCAUCGCCGGUUUUACUUGAAAACGCUGUCGUUUUCGCGAACAAACAGAAAAUGUCGUCAGGUAGAAAAUGUAAAAAUUGCGGUAGUUCGGAUAUCGAAGUAGAUCCCGCGAGGGGCGACGCAGUGUGCACCAAUUGUGGGUCUGUGCUCGAGGAAAACGUAAUCGUUGCCGAGGUACAGUAUGAAGAAGGGGCACAUGGUACAAGUAGUGCUAUUGGACAGUUUGUUGCCUCUGAUUCCAAAGGGGGCUCUGCUAAAUUUGGAGCUUCAUUCCAUGUCAGAAGCCAUGGUGUAGAGUCUAGAGAGGUUACACUAAACAAAGCACGAAAUGGCAUUACGCAACUUGGAGUACAGUUGAAACUGAAUCAACAUUGCAUUGACACAGCUUGUAAUUUUUUCAAAAUGGCUCUCUCUAGGAAUCUGACGAGAGGAAGAAGAAAUACUCAUAUUCAUGCUGCGUGCAUUUAUUUGAGUUGCAGAACUGAAGGAACUGCACAUUUACUUAUCGAUAUUAGUGAUGUGCUUCAAAUAUGCUGUUAUGAACUGGGACGAACCUAUUUAAGAAUGUCACAGGCGUUAUGUAUAAAUGUUCCCUCUGUUGAUCCAUGCCUGUAUAUAUUACGGUUUGCCUCCAAGCUAGAAUUUGGAGCAAAAACCCAACAAGUCACCAACACUGCCUUACGACUAGUCCAAAGAAUGAAGCGAGACAGUUUGCAUUCAGGAAGAAGACCUUCAGGAUUAUGUGGUGCAGCUCUUUUAAUCGCCUCAAGGCUCCACGAAUUUAACAGGUCAAUAGGAGAUGUUAUUAAAGUAGUAAAGGUACAUGAAUCUACUAUGAGAAAAAGACUGAUAGAAUUUGGCGAAACUCCCAGUAGUGCUCUAACGCUGGAUGAGUUCAUGACUGUGGAUUUGGAGGAAGAGCAAGAUCCACCCGCUUUUAAGGCAGCUAGGAAAAAAGAUAAAGAACGUUUGCAGAAGCUCUUGGAAGAAGAAUCAGAAGGCUUCACUGAUUUACAGCGACAGAUAGAGCAACAGCUGGAACAAACACAGAGUAGAAAAUUGUAUCCACUUAAAGGAACUUCCAAAAAGUUGGAACAUCACGAGACCAGCCAAUUUAUUCAUGAAUCCACUAUGGGCACAAUAAAUGCAAUUUUAGAGCAGGAUCUAGAUGAUCCUGAACCCGUCGAACUUGUAGGAUUAGGCCCAAACAUUGAAAGUAUCGGUCUACCUUCCUCACUAGACGACACGGCCAAUGCUCCUAAAGGGCAGAUUGCAGAAGAGAUUGAUAUGGAUCUUAACUUUGAUGAUUUGGACGAUGAGGAAAUUGACUCUUAUAUAAUGUCCGUGCCAGAAUACGAAAUGAAGAGUGAAAUUUGGCACGAACUGAAUGCAGAUUAUCUGCAGAAGGUUAAAGAAAAGGAGGAACGUCUGCAAAAGGAGCGUGAAGAGGGUAAACCUGAAAAGAAACCGCGAAAAAGGCCCGCUAGAAAACCCAAGACCGCUCCUGCUAGUUCAGCUGGGGAGGCAAUAGAGAAAAUCAUACAAGAGAAGAAGAUAUCUUCGAAAAUCAAUUAUGAUGUUCUGAAGAAUCUUAAGACAGCGCCUGCGAAUGUUGAGGUGCCUAUUAAAGAAGAUAUAUCACCGACAACAUCGGAUUCUAUAAAACGAAGACGAUUAUCGUCAGUUAGUAGUCUAACCUCCGUCGAUGACCAAUCGUUUAAAAAACCUGCUAAAUCCAGAAAAUUGGUAGAUGUAGGGUUGCCUUUUCUGGAUGACAGUCCCGCCACAAGUAAAGUUCAAGAUAAGCCAGUCCCGGAACCCCAGAAAGUAGACCACGUUUCAGAAGAAGAGGAUUACGAAGAAGACUUUGACGAAGACGUGGAGCCGCAAAACGAGUCAGCCAAUGAGAUGGGAGUGAUGCAGUUAUUAAAGCAGCACCAAGAAAAUGAAGUUGGAGGAGGAAAACGAGUUUGGAUAUGACGAUUAUGGCUACGACGAAGAUUAUUAGAGGAGGCCAGCAAAGACAGAUUGUCAAGUGUGAGGAGAGGAUUUUCAAAAGGAUGAUAUUUGGAAGUUAUUGUUGACAUACUUGCCGCUUUAUAUGCUGACGAACAAAAUAUUAUUGUACGUACCUAUUUUACUGUAUUGUAUUCGCUUAUUUACUUUUUAGCAGAUAUUUUGUACAUAUGUUUUUUUUUCAUUGUUAUUUAUUACUUUAACUUAUAUCUAAAUAUUUUUUUAUACGAUUAGGAAAUUAUUCUAUUGUUAAAAAUUAAAAUAAUUAUCAAUUA